CUGCAGUCUGGCUGCGCUUAUCACUCGCGCAUGUUUGUCCGAGACGCGUGUUCUGUUUCUUAAAGUGACAUUAUGAAUUACGAAAGCCGUGAUAAUCGACCAAUGCUAAUAAAGCUCGAGGAAGAUCUUGAGUACCCGGAGGAUGAAGAGCAUUACUACGGGUACGCGCCGGUUGAAGUUGAGCGGCACGCUGAGCCGGCGGGAUUCGCACCUUCCUCGCCAACACACCUGAUGGACCUCAGCAACGGGUCGGAACGACCCACACAACAACAUCCUUGGCCGUCAAGCGUAGUGUUCGACGGAGAGGACCGAGACUACCAACAACCAUCUUACACGUCCUUCGAACAACAGUUCAUCGAUCAACGACAAAGACAAGUCCCAAGAAGCUACUACUUUGAUGAUUCCAAUUCUCAAGACAGAGUUCGGAGUUACUACGAGCCGGGUGAUAUGCCAAAGAUGGGAGAGGGUUACAGAGGUACCGACGACAGGAGAGAGGAGACGGAAGAACAAAGGAGGUCGAGGAAGAGAUCCAAAGCUUCACGAAAGAAGACACAGUCGUUUGAAGAGAUGCAGAUACAGCGAGUGAUGGCUAACGUGAGGGAGCGUCAGCGCACACAGAGUUUGAACGAGGCGUUCGCGAGCUUGCGGCAGAUCAUCCCUUCGCUGCCGAGCGAUAAGUUGUCUAAGAUACAAACUCUGCAGCUGGCGACGCAGUACAUAGAAUUCCUGUAUCAAAUCCUGUCGAAUAGUGAAUCGGCGGGAAGCAGUGAUUCCAACAGCGACGCGGGCAGCGAGCAUGGCAAGUACCUCGCGCAAGACAAAUUAAGUUACGCCUUCUCCGUGUGGAGAAUGGAGGGAGAGUGGACACACGGACAGACGUGAUACACUUUCCAUACAGUGUACGCCUAGUGAUACUGAAAAGACGCUUAUAUUAUUCCAUUGUAGGUAUUAUUGAUUCUGUGUUAAGUGAUGUGUAAAUCGUGAACAAAUUAGUUAUUAAUUAAUAUUAGUAAGUUGAAUAUGUGAUAGUUAAUUAAGUGGAUAGGGA